GUGUGGGUUUUGGGGAAUGGAAAAUUGGUUCCAUAGGAGUUAUCAUUUUCCGGUGUUCGGCGCCCAGAAAAUUUCAGAGCGUUUUGUUUUUAAUCUCUUAGGGUUGAGAAGCUCUCUUAUCUCUCUGCUCUGUGAAUCAUAAUCAUGAUUACAACACGACGAAACUGCAGCCCGAGAAAAUGAGAGACAACCAAACACCGCGCCAAUGCCCUUAAUUCCGCCUCCUCCUCCUCCUCCUCCUCCUCUCCCACCUACCUCUUCUUCUUCUUCUUCUUCUUCAUCCAUGGCGCCUCCUUCACCCACUUCCUUCUAUUCCUCUCCUUCCUCCUCCUCUGCUGCUCCGACACACCACUCACGCUCCCACUUCACGCCGAUUCAAGAAUGCGAGAGGGAAGAACGGGAGGAUGAGUUUGCUGCUCAGAAUCGGACUCAGAACACUGCCGCUGUCGGAUGUACGGACCGGGGAACGAGUCCGAACCUUCACUCUACACCGCUCAAUCGUGAGACGGUUAAGAAACGGUCCGAGUCGGAGUCGGAUUCCGUGUCGAGUUCCGAUGGUCCGGUCUCCUGCAACCGGUGUCGUCCUCACGCGCGGGAGAAAAUCUCCGUCGUUCCUCUGGAUAACAACAAUGGCGUUAAUAAACAGACGUAUUUCUCCAUGGCGAGCCCUAAUGGGAUUUUCAAAUCAUUAAUUUCGUCGUUGACGCGGAGGAGUCCGAAAUCGAUUAAUGAAUCUUCCGCCCUAACGGCUCGAGAGGAGCAAUGGAGGACUGCCGUAACGGAGCUCUCGCAGAAACUAGUUCAGGCGACGAGGAAGAGAGACGAGGCGAUUAUGGAAGCUUCUAGAUUAAAAUACGCCAUGGCUGAACUGGAGAAGAAACUGAACAAACUGGAGACGUAUUGCCACAGUUUGAAAUCCGGAAUCGAAGAAUGUAGCGGCAAUUCGCCUUGCCAAAUUGGGAAUUAUCAUCAAAUCCAGGAUUUACAACAGAUGAAUCAGAAGCAAGUAAUAGAACAUUUCUUAGUUUCAGUAUCGGAAUCUCGAUCGUCGAUUCGGCUUCUUAGCCGGUCACUCACUCUGCAACUCCGUCACGUCGGAGCCAAAGUAUAUGAACGAAUAUCCGUUCUUCUUCAACCUUACGAUAUCAAAAUCUCGUUCUCGAAGAACCCUAGAAGUUUGCUAUUCUACCUGGAAGCUCUCCUCAACCAAGCUUUCUUCGAGGAUUUCGAAUCGGUAGGGUUUCAAAAGAACGCCUCGACUCAGAUUCUCAAUCCGAUUGAAAGAUGCGACGCGAAUUUCGGAUGUUUCAAUUUUCUCCAUGAAUUAACGUGGGAGGAGGUUCUAAGCAAGGGCACGAAGCAUUUCAGCGAGGAUUUCAGCCGAUUUUGUGACCGGAAAAUGAGCGAGAUCGUGGCGAUGCUGGGAUGGAACAGAGCCUGGCCGGAGCCGCUACUCCAGGCGUUCUUCGGCGCGUCAAAGAGCGUGUGGCUUCUACACCUCCUGGCAAACUCCGUACAUCCGAAUCUGCCAAUUUUCAGAGUGGAGAAAGAGGCGGAUUUCGAUUCCGUUUACAUGGAGGACAUGAGCGGAGAGAAGGCCAGAAAGCUGAUUCCGUCGGUGGUCAGAAUAAUGAUCGCCCCUGGUUUCUAUGUAUACGGCAGCGUAGUCAAAUGCAAGGUAUUGUGCAGGUACAACGCCGCCGCCGCAACCGCCGCCGCAUUGUCACCGUAGUCUGGUUUGUUUGUAGGUCAUUUUGAUUUCUUUGUAGUAGCAAUACGAAGAUGUGAUUUCUAGAGUUGGUAGUGUGGUGGUCUGCUAAUUAGUGUUGAAGACUAAUAAUAAUAAUAAUAUUAAUGCCAUUUUAUUGAAGAACACAGAUCCUCCGAGGAAGAAGAAGAAGAAGAAGAAGAAGAAGAAGAAGAAGAAGGGGGGCGCCACCAUGUGAGUGAAGCUGCCGUCUCUUCUGCAACUUUGUUCAACCUUUUGAAACUUAGAAUUCAUAAUUCUCUCUUAA